AUCUCCCUCGCACUCUCCCUCUCCCUCUCUCUCCAGCAGAGACAGGGGAAAUACAGUGCGUGAAGCCGGCGGCGACUGGACGGCGGCCGGCGGAGGUCGAUGGAUCGGUCCAAGGAGUGGUGGCAGAAGGCGGUGGUGGUGCCGGUGAGGCGCGCGUGGGUCGUCGUCGCCGCGCGCCUGCGUCGCAAGAAACAGCAUGAUGGCCGGGGCGGCGCGCUGGUGAAGCUCCACGACGACGUGCAGACGUGCGCGUACGAGGACGUGCAGGUCAUGUGGGAGAUGCUGCAGCGCUCCGAGACGGGGAAGAUGAUGGCCGGGGCGCCGCCGCCCAAGGGCUCCGCGCUCGUCUGGCUCGGCCCCCGCCGCCGCCACCACUCCAUCGACCUCCGCCCCCGGUGCUGAGCGCCGGCCGCCGCAGCCUGUGUCAUCGUCAGAUAAUGGAGAGAGUCAAGAGUCAGAGUCGCCCUGCUAUAUGCAUAUAGCUCCUUUGUCUCCUGCUUGAUGUAAAUAUUUUGCAGUUAAUUUCGGUCAAGAGAUACCAGUCUCUUUUUAUGCCUUCUGCGUCAGUCUCUCACCUAGCUUCAGAAGUUCAGAACCAUUUCAUCGUCGGUCCCAAAUGGAGCAAAGCAUUGGGAGAAAUUCGCUGGCCAGCUUUCGCUCUCUGUCAGCGACUCUGCAAAGCAACAGAAUAUCCAGUUCAGUCGCUAUGUGGCAAAAACAAAUUGCCAAAAAAGAACGAAGUUUGACAUUUUUGACUUAGCCGUCUUCAGUAGAGAUGUACACCAGCAUCUGAAACUGCAGGCAUAUACAGAGCGCAUCAUAAACCUCCAGGGAAAGUCUGAAACAGGAACAGAGCAGAGUGCCCUAAGAAGCAGAGUUCAUUUGCAUUUCACA